AUGACUUUCGCGAGACUCGCCGGGCAAACCGGUUUCAUUGCACGCGCAGUGGGGAUAGCAAGUGACUCAUCGAGUUGCCUGCUCAAGACUCGCUCGCGAGUAUCCCACGGCUCGAGUUUCUCGGCGCCUCGCACCGUCCCCUUCUCGACCUCCACCCCCCUCCGUUGUGCCAAUCACAAAAGCAGCAGCGCAGACACACCAAGCGCGAACACCCCCAACGCCAAGACCCAGACUGACCAAGUUGGCGGGGACCACACAGAUCGGUACGCAACCGCGCUGCGCAACAACAAGGAAUGGGCAGCACAGACGGCACGAGAGUACCCCGAUCUCUUCCCAACCCUCGCGACCGGCCAAACACCACAGAUUCUCUGGAUCGGAUGCUCCGACUCCCGCUGCCCAGAGACCACCUUCUUGGGCCUGAAGCCCGGUGAUGUGUUCGUGCACCGUAACAUCGCCAACGUCCUCCACCCCGGUGAUCUCAGUUCGGCCGCCGCCAUCGAAUAUGCUGUGCAGUACCUGCGCGUGAAGCACGUUGUCGUGUGUGGGCAUACCGCUUGCGGUGGUGUCGCGGCCGCCAUGGGCAACAAGAAUCUUGGAAUUCUGGACCCGUGGCUGUUGCCUCUCCGUCAGCUGCGCGAGCGCAACCUCGAUCUUCUGCAGUCCCUGUCUCCCGACGAGGCUACCAUGAAGUUGGCCGAGCUGAACGUCCGCGAGGGUCUGAACAUCGUCAAGCAGAAGGGUGUUGUCCUGAACGCCAUUCAGGAGCGUGGACUCGAGCUCCACGGUUUGAUUUACGACGUCGGUUCGGGUGUUCUCAGCGAGCUGGACACUCAGGAUUCGGAGGAGGUGAUCAGGGCCCGUUUGACCGCUUUCAAGACUGAGUGA